UGCGGGUGCGCAUGCGUGCGGCCCAGUCCUUGUCCGUCCAGCGGCUGCGGAGCGGGAGCGAGCCUGCGGCCUUGUUUACAGGCCGAGGUGGGGGGGCCGCCUGCCGAAUCGAGCCAAGCCGAGCUGGGCCGGGAGCCAGCUAGCGGCCGUCCCGCAACAUAACACCAUUACCAUCCCCGACCUUUUCCAACAAGCUCCGCUCCAGGCAAAUGGCGACCUACGUCGGAGCGAGGCCUAGGGGCCCGAGGCCCAGGGGCAGGUAUCAUGCGGCGGGCGGCUGGUACUCGGAACAAGACCGGCUCGGCAGCAACCUGCCGCCGCUCGGCGUCUUCCAGGCGAACGGGCGGCUGUGGCGGGCGCAGCGCUGCCUCGGUAAAGGCUCGUCGGCCGCCGUCUACCAGGUGACGUCGGGGGCGGCCCGGGCAGCCGUCAAACAGUUCGUGCACGACACCAAGUCGGACUACGGUUUUUUGACUGAGAGCGGGGUCCUGGAGGAUCUUCAGGGCCAUAGGAAUAUCGUGACUUUAUAUGGGAGAUUUUCGAACUUAUCUUACACAAACCAGCGUUGUAACUGCAUUUUGCUGGAAUUGUUGGAUGUCAGUGUCUCAGAGCUGCUGCUACACUCCAUUAAUCAAGGCCAUUCAAUGUGGAUGAUCCAGCACUGUGCCCGAGAUGUACUCAGUGCACUAGCUUUUAUUCAUCGAGAGGGUUACGUACAUGCAGACCUCAAACCAUGUAAUAUUCUCUGGAGUGCGGAGGAUGAGUGCUUUAAACUCAUUGACUUUGGGCUCAGUUUCCAAGAAGGCAAUCAGGAUGUAAAAUAUAUUCAGACAGAUGGUUAUAGAUCUCCUGAAGCAGAGCUACAUAACAUCCUAGCACAGAUGGGCAUGGAAAGCCAUACAGAAUGUACAACUGCGGUUGAUAUCUGGAGCCUUGGAAUAAUUUUGCUGGAGAUGUUCUCGGGAAUAAAACUGAAAGAGACCAUCAAAUCUCCACAGUGGAAGGCAAACAGUUCUGCCAUCAUCGAUUCCAUUUUUGCAAGUAAAGAUAUGGUAUACUCGGCUAUCCCAGUUUAUCACCUCAGAGAUGUUAUCAAAAGUAUGCUUCAUGAUGAUCCAGCACACAGAACUACAGCAGAACAUGCUUUAUACAACCCUUUCUUCAGCAUUCCCUUUGCACCGCAUAUUGAAGAUUUGGUGAUGCUUCCAACCCCAGUGCUGAGACUGCUCAAUGUCAUUGAUGAUAGCCAUCUUCAGUGUGAAGAAUAUGAAGACGUUGUGGAAGAUGUGAGGGAAGAAUGUCAGAAGUUUGGACCAGUUAUGUCUCUGCUCGUCCCAAAGGAGAAUCCUGGUAAAGGACAGGUUUUUGUUGAAUUCAGAAGUGCGGCUGACUGCAAAGUAGCCCAGCAGAUGCUGACCGGAAGAAUGUUCGAUGGCAAGUUUGUUGUGGCUACAUUCUACCCACUUUGUGCCUACAAGAGGGGAUAUCUGUAUCAUACUGUAGUUGCUGACACCUAAGUUACAACUGGGCUCAUAGCAUUUUGCAAUCACCCAGGUCCCUUUUGAAAUAUUCCUUAAUACAAUAGUGUAAAAGGUUAAAUAUUUUGCUCCGUUUCCUUUUGUGUGUAAGCGAGCAUCAAUUUAAGCAGCUAGUUUUAGAGAAAAGGUUUACAGAGUUAGGGAUUAAUGCACUUAAAUCUGUUGGCAAGUUAUUAACAAAUUCUAUUUUAUUACUAGAAAUUAUAGCAACCUGCAUUUGGUUCGUAAAAUGCUGAAAUAACAUCUUUGCUGGCAGAGCUAUCAAUUACGUUCUUGUUAAUGGGGAGCAUGCUGGUGAAAAUUAAGAUUACUGUAUUUGAACCUAACGAAAUCACAAAUCAUUUUUAUAAAUGUUGGGAAAUAUAAAAGACUAAAUUAGAUUGAAUCUGAUAGUGAGGUCAAAAGGAUCACAUUGCAAGCAUUUAAGUGCACCAGAUGCAGAAAAGAUGUAAUUUCUUAAAGGUUUUAAUGAACGUGUGUACGUAUGCCCAGGUGCAUGCAUGCAAACACAUGCACAGCCGAAAAAUAGCUCUUUACUGUGGACAAGAGGGACGCAGGUUUGAGCACAUCUCUUCAAAUUCCUCAGUAAUGCUUUAUUUGACCUUGGUAUUAAAGCAGCUUGAAUGGUACAUAUGUGGUGCAGUGCAGAUUUAUUUAUAUUCAGGGAGAUAUAAGAAGUUCCUUGUACCAUUUCAGAACUUGAGAUAGUAUUACGUUGAUUUUUUUUUGCUUCAUAUUGCAACAGCUUUGAUACUGUUCAGUGGCUUCACAAUGAACAAACUCACCAUAACAGGCCCGAAACACUAAUUAAAGAGCAACUUCUUCCACAUCUGAACAUGUUCAGAUAUAUAAGCAGGCAGUGCAUACCAGCAGCAAAUUGUUUAAUGGUAUAACUAGGGACAUAAAUGGCAUUUAAAUCUUGACUGCAAAGUACACUUGGCUUCCUUAGACACCUUUUAUAUAUCUAGUAUUCCUAAAAUAGUAGAGACCACAAUCACUUUAUUGCCUUCAUAAAUCACUCAAAUGAUCUAAAUAAAAUUCAGACAUAAUUAUAAUGUCUUCUCUGGUGGCAGUGAGAUCAGAGAUAGCAUGCACUCUGUAGUGAGUGCCAAGCAUACCAGAUCUUACAGUAAAGUCAAACAUACCCAAAGCCAAAAGAACUUCAAUAAAAGAAUUAGCCUAACAUUACAUACUUGUGAAUGUAUCUAUCUUGUUACCAUGAUAAUACUGAAAUACAUUGCAUUUUGUAUAGAUGUGUUAGGAGUUGACUAUGGAAAUUUGUCCGCACAACCUUAUAAGGUUUUUGUUCAUUUGACCUAGAGAGACAAUUCAAACAAAUUUUCCAUUAUUAUUUGAACCAACAAUAAUCACAUACUAAGUGUCUCCAGGUACAGCAAUUUAAAACCAAGAUUGCUGUAGUGAUGUUUUCCAAUUCCAUGCACGUGGACCUCAAAUUACGAGAACAAAAGGUACAUUUUUUUAUGGAGUUGAUGUAUAUUGUUUGAUAAGUUAGCUAAUGACCAAAGACAAAUUGCUGCAAUGGAAAAACCUUGCAACCAGAAGCUAGAAUCAGUUUUUGAAGUACUCCAAAUGACUUAAAAAUACAUAAUGGGUAUGAUCUGAAUUGCAAUGCCUGAAAGUGUGGGGAAGGCAAAUUCAAAUCCUGGCUUUCAAAAAUGAAUUGGAUAAGCACGAAAGGAAAAAUAAAAGUCCUGAUUAUGAAAUUAGUCCAGCUAAAUUGCUGUUGCAGAAAGCUGGUCUGGAGUUGAUGAGCUAAAUGUCAUCGUCCUCUGCUUUAACCAGUCCACAGCUCUCUCCUAUAAUUCAAAAUAGGUGGCAUAGUUACAAAACGCUUAAGCACUGUUUCGAGAUGGAAUCUGAACUUAUUUCUCAGGAAUGUUGAAUGUUAAAAACCCUAGGUUUUAAAGUCUUUGGUGUGCAUACACGAUUUUCUGUCACUUAUUUAUCUCUAUGAUUUCAAGGUGGCAAAUAAGUGAAUUAAUUUAUGUAGAAUGUGUGCACUUCAACCCAUUUGAAAUCAAAACUGAACUUUUAAACUUAAUCAAAUUGCAUUUACUAGAAGUAAAUUGCAGUUGUGUACUCCAAAUGUUUUAAUUUUGUAUUUGUCUGCAGAGCAAUCUUAAUAACAUAAAAGUACCAAAGAAAAAUAAUAUGGGGAAUAUAAACACCCAACAUUUGGGAACAUAUUAAUGAUUCCAUGUUUUCUGUGCCAAAUCCUUUCUUUAAUCAUUCUGCCAUUACUCGACGACUCAUGUAUUGAAAAUGGCUAAGGCCUGCUGCUUCCAAAACCCAUGAUUUUAAAGAAAUAAUAGAUCUUAUGAGUAGUUUUUUAUGAUUUUAAUGAGAAGGCAUAUUCUGAACAGAAUAUAAAUUGUUCAUGUUACAGAUACGAGGUGUUAGUUUCUAAAUUAUGUUGGCAGAUCACUGCAAAAAGUUUUUUUAAUAAAGAUCUGUACCAGCUAAACAUGGAGCUUUGCAGUUCUCCUUGGUUAGAAUUCAGAAACUACAGGAUGAAAUAUUCCAGAAUCAUUGAAAUGUUAAUAAAUAUUCUGAUGAGUCAGUGAAGUUCCUUUCUUCCCCACCACCCCCGCCCCCGCCCUCGUGUACUGCAGGAAGUGUACUUUGCAGUUUUUUUUGGAAUGUCGAUACAUAGAUGAGCUCUUGCACCUUGAACGGCUUGUCCUUUGCCACACCCUAAUCUAGGUUUAGAAUUGCUGCUUGCUCAUCUAGUUUUGUACAGGUCUACUUAUUCCCCUGGAGUAUGGAAUUUAUAUUGUAUAUCAUGCUAAAUGGUUAGGCAUGCCUCUAUCUUUGACCCCCAUCAAGCACUUUACUUGGUCCAGUUUAUUCAACUCUAGAUAAGACAAUCCAAAUGCCUUGAGGUUGAGACUAGAUUCAGAGUAGCAGGUGACAAGAAUAGAGGCUUAUUCAUAUAAUUUCCUGAUUAUUCAAUAUGUGAAGCUAUUGAUGGUAAUACUACAGUUAAACUUCACCCUUUUCUAGUAAGUGGUGUGUUGACUAUGGCCAAUAGGACUCGUGUGCCACACCUUCUGAUUGGCUAAAUUAGGAAACAUUCCUGCUUGUGAUCUUGAGUUUGGAUGGACUGUGACAGUCUUUUAAAUAUCCCAAAUUAGCCCAAUUAAUGUCUCCACCUUGUUUGUAAAUAGUACUAAUUAGAAAAUCGAUGCAUAACAUUAAAUUUUGUUAAGAAUAAUUUUUUGUAUCAUUCUAUGAACAGUAUUUCUGCACUUCCAUUCAGUUCUUUGUUUUUAAUUCCCUUUUAGAUGGAUCAAACUUAAACAUCUGAUUUGCAGACCUGGUCUAAACUCCCUUGUGUUUAUUUAAGUCACUUCUGUCAUACAGACUUUUUGAACAUCUACAGUUGUGAAAUAUGUUAAAAGUUGCUUAAGUUCACCCUAGGCCAUCUGAAAUCUCCAGCUUUGUAGCCAGACUUGUGGCCUACAUAAAUCACUUCACAUUCAUGUAGUUUGGUCCCAUGUGCUAGACCAUAUUUAAGAAGUCAACCACAAAAGUUUGGAUAGCCACUAAAUUAUGUACAGUGCUGCUGCACAUAGCUGACAGAAUACAAAAAAACCCCAUCUUUUCCUGAAUCUAUCUACCAGGUUUUGAAUGGUUCAUCACUUUCUGAAACAAUGUAAAAGUAAACCAAUGCACAGUGACAUUUUAACGAAGAACUUACUGUUCUGAUUAGGAAUGGUGCAGAAGUGAAAUUACAACUUAAUCUUGUGAACCUCUCAUGGCUCCAAACUUAAUGUCCAGGUCAGCAGUUGUAAAAAAACAUUCACUCACCACUGCAUACAGAUUACAAACUCAAGGCUGACAGCAUUAAAAAAUCUGUUUCUGAGAUUCAGAAAAGCUCCAUCUCCUCCUUUUGAACUGGGCUGCUUCAGCCAUAUCUAAACUAAGUGAUAUUAUGUUGUUGCUGAUUAUAGUUGAAGGAGCUGCAGUGGAUGUAGGCCUGGCUCCUUUUAGCACUGCCCAUUUUGCUUCUUGCACUUUAGAGCUUUGGCCAUUUUUAGAACUGCCUCUUAGUGUAAACCUUUUUCCAGAGUUGUGUUUUUUUGUGUGGAUCAAAAUAGUAUCAACUGUAUUUGAUUUGGAAAACUUUUUUCCUUAUUCAUACACUUUUAUUCAACAAUAGAGGUGAUGUUUGACAUAAAUAUCAUGCAACAACAUGCCAAUUUGACUAUCUAGCUUCAUCAGUUUUCUUUUUGAGCUAAGGAUCAUUAGCAUUCCUGCUAACCCUUCUUGCCUGCAGGAAAAUCUGUCCAUUGGUGAUUUUUUUCCCCCCGAGGAACGGAUUGGUUUCUCAGUAAACACCUUUUCCAGUUACAACCUUUCUCAUGAGGUUGGUAAAAUUUACUCAGUCAUGGCUUGCAAUUAACCAUUAACCUGCCUGGUGAGCAGCUUUCUUCACUUUUCAGAAAUAGACCCACCUGAUGGUAAAAAUUGCCGUUUAAGCUUGCAAUAAUCAUGAUUUCUUUCCUGCCAAAAUCUUGUUAAUCAUUUUGUAGCCAUAACCUGUUUAACCCAUUAGGUAGGCAGAACAAAGUUUGAGACGUGGCAAAGCACUGCUUAUGCAGGUAAAAAUAAUUAUCUGCUUUUGGUCAUCAGAGUAAUACAUCGCAAUUUGUUAUGCAAACUUAAUUUAGAGAAUAUAGCGGGAUUAGUAUAUGCAAUUUUUAUAAAAGCAAGUGUGGACUAUUUGUGAAAUUUUGUGCAUUUUAUUUAGGAAUGCAAGGCUUGUAUCUCCAAACUAAGGGAAUUUGCCUCAUGAUUAGUGUAUUUAUUUACUGAAGCUAGAGAAUGAUGUGGUACUGUGCACUGAUGCAUGUUUCUCCAGGUUUGGUUUGCGUGCUGUCCUAUGCAAAAGACUUGAGCCAAAAGAGAUAAAUGUGCUACCUUAAAUAUUUGCCACAUUCCUCAAUCAGUUGCAUUGGGAGUGUAAAAAUUGUUUCCAUGGAUGUGGUGUUGAAACAAAACUUUCCAGUUCUUUAAUAAAAUGCUAGAGAAAAGGGAGGAAAUGAGAUAUUUGCACAGUGUGAAUGUGUGAACAAAAUGUGUAUAGGACCUUUCAAAAAAGACAGUAUAGAAUGCUAUUUUGUUUGACUGUUGACUUUGCUGACAUGCCUGUCAUUAGAUACCUGAAGACAAGGUUACCAGAACAGUACGCAUGAUUUCAGUUUAAGCCAAUUGCCACAAAAUCUUGUGAUUAAAAAGGAUUAAAAGCAGCCAGACAUUGAAAUUCUGUAGUCAAUCUUUCUCCUACAGAAAUAAUUUUAAUAACAUUUAAAAAGGUAUUCUGGGUCAUCAAAAUAUUUUUCAGUGUCUGUGGCCUGCAACCUGCAACACACGCAUGCAUGAAAUAUGCAAUUAUAGCUAAAACACUUGUGACAAACAAAUCAUUUAUUGUGUAGUGUUUACAGCAAGUAUGUCUGUCUGCUGUACUCAUUGCACAAGUGAAUACUUCGAGUUAAAGUUUAAACUAUCCUUUCAACAAUCAGACAAUGCUUACAUGGUAUUCAAACUGAUAUUACCAGCUUAUAAGGUUCUAACCCCUAAUAUUUGAUACUUUUUUGUGCAACAUCUGUAUGACCCUGGGUGUCUGCUGCAUUUACGAGUUGCAUGAUCCUUCCUGAAAUCAGCUCAUUUGAUACAAAGGUUGUAGAAUGAGUUUAUUUGUAAAGUGGAAAAAUAACUGGUAGUUUACGGAACCAGUUGAAUUCUUGUAUUACUGCAUUCUGUUUUCAAGAUGAUUGUAAACUUCUAUGUACUAAUAAGAAAUGUAAAUCCUCGAUAUAAUGUAUUUUAAUCGGGAGGCAACCUGUCUUAGAGGCUUGGAUUAAAUUCUAACAAAAAGACAGUAUGGCAUGUUUUGCAGAUUAUGUAUCUGGAUUUAUCCUGUAACACCAAAGAAUAAAAGUGCACAUUAAGCGUUUCUAGCUUUUGCAUCAGAAGCCACAUGGACAGACUGGUGCCGUGGCAGCUUCUAUAGAAGCCACAGCUCGCUCAGUUUGUUUGAAAUCUGAUUGUAUCUCAGAGGUCCAGAAAGUUUGAUUGCACAAAUAAUUGCUUCUCAUUCCAAAAUUACCAGUGCAGCAGCAGCUUAUAAUCUGGCCUCACACUUUGAAAUACUUAAUUUGCUUCAGUCCUGUGCAUCACUACUUGACCCAACUAUUUCUGCUGCUGUGUUAGAGUUUGAUCAGUCAUCUUUGUUCUCAGGAAACUACUGGAAAUGUAGGCAAGCUGUUUGUAUUAUUCUUCCCUGUUCCAAGAUGAUGCAUUGGAUUUAUGUGGUUAAACAGACAGACACUUUAUAAAAGCAAGUUAUUGAAUGCAUUGCCUGGCAACGUCACUGCAUAUCUGGUACCUUUGUGAAAUGUGUUAUCAAAUAGAAUGCUCAAGUGUAAAUAAGUCCAUUCAUUAUCACUGGAUAUUCAAUAAAUUGGCUUUUCCUAAAAUAGCUCCGCUAUAUAUUACAAUAAUUGUAUGGAAGUUUCUAUUUUAAAAGUUUAUAAAAUGUAAUACUGUUCUGUGGCUGCAUCAUAAGUUGAUGGAUAUCAAGCCAUUUAUGUAUGCCGUGUCAUUAUAAAAUACUGCUGAAUGCCGAUUGUGACAAUUCUUUUUCUAAUACUUUGAAUAACUACUGUGAAUAUUUGUAAAUUAUCUGUGCAAGUGUUUAAGCUGCAAUUUAUGUAAACUUUGGCACGCAACACAGUUAAGUUUUCAGCAUUCAUCCUGGGUGUUUCAUUGGGAUUGAGUGCUAAAAGUUACUGCACUGAACAACUAAGUACUAUAUAGAUGCAUGUUUCUUGCACUUUUGUGUCAAGUUGAGGCCAAAACCUAUUGCAGAUCUUCCCUGCAUUUAAGGGAUGUGGAGAACGUUUGGAGGGGCAGAGUACAAAAUACCAUAUGUAUAAACAAAGGAGUGAAGGCUGAACAAUAUCACUGAAAUGUCAACAAUAUCACUCGUGUUGUAAACUGUGAAAUUGCAGUUGUUUUCCAAGUAGUUUUAUUGCGAGUUCUAGUUUUGUUGGCAACUAAUUGUCUUCCAUGAAAACUGUAAUAGUUCCUGAUCGGACUUGAGCAACCCUUCCAAGCUAAUGCCUGUCUUAUUUUAAAAAAAAAAUUGCUGCAGAGUAAGAUUUUCCAGAUUAAAAAUUCUAAACUAAGGAAGACCAGUCCAAAUUUGUCUUACUGCUUUUGCAAUUAGGGCUAUUUCAUUAAUACUAAUUAUUGGGACAGGAUGUCCUCUUUAAUUAGUUCUGCAUCAUACAAUCACUGCCUUUUAUAAUAGUUACAUAGUCACUCGUGUCACUGCACCAGUUGUUGGCCACUUUUCAGUAAUGCAUAAUCGAUGCUGAAACUGGACUUCGGAGGUAAUGGUGCAGUACCCUUACUUUUCAGCAGGCUUACAAUUUGGGUUCGACUUGAUGUAUUACGAUUUCUUAACCUUGGGCAAGGAGGUUUAAGACACUUCGUAAGUAGAGGAGCACUUGAUUGUUUUUGAGUACAAAAAUGCUCACGCUUUUGCUAUGUGCAAUUAUUUUGUUGCUGAGUGUGUACUGUACCAGGAAAUGUAGACCUAGUGACAUUGUCAAUCCAAAAACAGCACUAUCUUAGAACCUACUGGAAAGAUGCAUUCUAAAGGAAGAAAUUAAGUUACCUUAAUGACGAGUGAUUCUGAUCACCUUUCUGAACUGGGUUUAAUUUUAUCUCCAACAACUUGUCACUUAACACAACUUAUUAAUGUGCAUAAAUUUCUGCUGGUUUAGCUUAGUCAUUCCUCUUUUUAAAAUCAACUGCUCAAAAUGUUUUAGAAAGUUUACAAGUGUUGCAACAAAUGAGGAAAUGAAACUCAUCCAUUUUAAAUACAACUUUUAUUCUGUGGUGAAAGUGUUAAAAUGUAGAUAAAAGAAAAUGCAAUACUGCUAGACCAUUUUUACAAUCCAAUAUGCAGACAGUAAAAAAGUUCCUGUCCAAUUCCAGUAUACUGGAAAGCAGCUUUGAUGUGCUGGGGGCUAAACAGUAUUGCAUCUUCUUAUAUUAUGCAAGGAUUUAGGUGUGUGAAAUACUUCUGUCAUCGUGGUCAUUCUGCUUUGUGUACAAGACUGUCUUGAAAGGCAUGCUACGAUGUCUUGUAGCAUUUAUCUCCUUUUGGUAAAAUACUGCCUUACGCUUUAAUGACAAUAAACAAAACUACUUGAACAAA